UAUAGUUAUCCACCUCACCGAACACGAGCAGACGAUUGUUUUCGAGUCGUAUAUUCCUGAGCAGUAUUGACAAGGACUCCUUGGUCCAACUUUAGCCAUAUUCUCAGAGGAGUAUUUCUUGAGUUUUUCAAGAAAGCCACAAGAAUCCAGAAUAAGAUGGAGGUCAUCACACGAAGAUUGGAAGAGUUCAGCUCGCGGCCGCCGAGUUUCGAUAGUUCGCCGGAGGCACUGACGACUGUGCGGCGGCCGUGGCUGCCCGAGCCGGCCGCUGAGAAGCCCGUACCGUGCGUUAACGGGGUCGGCCCCAACGAUACCAGCAUGCAAGACAGGAAAGGCGGUAUCGAGAGCGCACUGGCCUGGCUUAGAAAAGAACUGUUGGAGAUGAGGUCACAAGACCAGGCGCUCAUCCAACAGCUCAUGAAGUUGCAUGUCGGGAUACAAGAGCUCAAGGCCGAGCAGGACGCAUGCGCACUCUACGACCUUGACGAUGACGACGACGACGACGAGCUAUUCUACGACAGUGACGUAGACACCGAUUCGAGUCAUUCGGAUUCCGAGUGCUACCGAAGUUCCAAAUACACGAAAAUCUCGGCCGGGAAGAAGAGUCGGAGGGUAAACCGAAGCUUCUCCGUGUCAUAGAAAAACGACCCAAGCGGACUUACGAUGAACUGCAGGGAAACAGCUGCACGGAACU